CUGGUAGAACAAAACAAGUCAAUAAUAAAUUUGAUCAUAUUUUUUAUAUACAGUAAACAGAGAGAGAAAGAGCAGCGAAACGACAUGGCAUCGGUUAGCAACCCACAAAGUCUGAUAUUUAGUGCUCCAUACAAUCGCGUCCAGAGGCAAGUGCUUACAUUGAUCAAUCCCACGAAGUGGGUGCUGCUCUUUAAGCUGAAAACAAACGCGGUGCAACACUACAGCGUCCGUCCCCCCUCCGGGCAGGUGCAACCCUUAAGCACCGCUACGGUCAUCAUUACCCUGAGCUACUUUCAGUUCCAGUCGAAUAUUUGCUAUCGCCAUCGUUUCAGCGUUCAGUCCAUCUAUCGUCCAGUCAAUGGACUGCGCCAGGGUGAGUCCGCUCUAAGUAUCUUUCAGCGGACUCCACGCUCAGAUAUAUGGGUGGCGAGCAUUCCCGUGCGCCUGGAACCCCCUCCACUGACACCAUCCCAGUUGAAUCUGGUCUUGAAUGUGAACCAUGGCGACAAAGAGAUCGGGAAUGUGUUCAAGCUCUCAGAUAUCUUAUCCAAAAGCGGGGAUGAGGUGGAAGAGGAGCCGCUGCUAAAGAAGAUGCCGCAGCGGAAGGAGCUGGGCCUGCAGAAACAGACAGCGAAGCAGCAGGAGAAGAAGCAGUUUGAUCCGGAGGUUUUACAGCAGAGGCUACAGAAGUCAAACCACAAGCAACGUAUCUGGUUGCUCUUGUUUAUUUGUUUAAUCCUUGGAUUCCAUGUGGCAGUUAUAUUUGCAGGCUGUCUGAUAAUUUCGAUUAUUGUCAAGUGCAUCCAGUACACCUUUAAGUUCUCGAACUAUGAGCAAUUCUUGAAUUAUCUAAACAUAUUAAACUUUGAGAAAUUUUGGAACUAUUGCGAAAACUCAAUUGGGAGUCUCUUGAAAUAUGAGAAGCUCUUGGAUGGUAAGAAUAUCUUGACUGUGGAUCUCUUGAAUUAUCUGAAGUCUUGCUGUUAUGAAAAUGUUUUAAAAUAUAUGGAUUUGAGUAAUUUGCUCACCCUUGGAGCACCACACAAACAAACGUUUCCUGACAACUACGAGUCCAUGCUAAAUUUUUCUUAUGUUGGUAAAGUUUAAUUAAUAAAUAAUGAUUGUGAAAACGAUAAAAUAUAUUUUAAAGGUGC